AUGACGGAUCUGGCUCUUCCGCCGGAUCGAGUGGGUUCACCGGAGGAAAAUAUAGGGGUAAUGGAGGUUCAGGAGGUUAGUGUGGCUCAGGGUGUGGAUCGGCCUGGAGGAUCGACGAAAUCGAGUUGGGUAGAAGUGGCGACGGAUAAGAAAGCUUUGAAGAGGUAUGAUGUUGAGGUUUCAACUAAGGAUGGAGUUCAUACGAUUGAAAUUCCUGAUGAGAUUCUGGAAAACUCAACACCUUUGUGGGAAGAUUUUGUAGUGGGGAAGUUUUUGGAUCUUGCUCCUCAUGUAGCUAAGGUCCAUAUGGUUCUAAACAAGAUAUGGCGCUAUGGUGAUCCAUCUACAAAGGUUGAAGUUUAUGAAGUGAAUCCUACUACGAUGCGGUUCAAGGUCUCAAGUCACAAAGCUAGAGAAAAGAUCCUAAGGCGUGGAAUGUGGAAUAUUGUAGGAGUACCGAUGAUUGUUUCGAAAUGGUCUCCAAAAGUUGAGGAUGAGAAGCAAGAGGAGGAAGCUAUUCCGAUGUGGGUUCAUCUGGAGAAGGUUCCGCUUCAUAUGUACUCGUGGGAAGGUCUAAGUUUUGUUACAAGUCCAGUUGGGUUACCAGUGAAGCUUCACUCAGAAACUAUUGCUUGUACGAACUUUGAAGAAGCGAAAGUGUUUGUUAAGGUAGAUGUCACCAAAACUCUACCUAAAGAAAUUACUUUCUCGAAGGAAGGCAAGUUGUUCACAGUAAAGUACUACUAUCCUUGGUUGCCGGCAAGAUGUUCUUUCUGUGAUAAGUGGGGGCAUGGGGAAUCAGUGUGUGCUAAAAAAGGUAAAGAGAAGAAGAAUAAGGUGGGAUCAUGCUCUCCAAGACAAGUUGAGGGAAGUGCAGUUAAAGGGAUGAGUUUGGAUGUUCAUAAGGUUCAACAAGGGGGGAGCAGUGAGUUAGAAGGGGGGAAGCUGGAUGUUGUGAAUGAGAUAGAUGAUAAGGAAGUUUCAGGUUCGGUGGAGAGGGUAACAGAUGGUUCGGAAGUGAAUGUCAAUGCUUGGGCUCGGGUCUCUCCUGGGAAGACAGGGAAAGUCAACAAUUCUGGGAAUAAGAGCUCUGAGGUUAUACAAAUAUCUGCUUCGAAAUAUUCAGUGCUAGAUAUGAAUGAAGAAGAGGAGGGGGAAAUAAUUGCUGAUGAGGAUGAGGUGGGUGUUGGGAAGGAUCAGUUAUCAGAAUGCGAUCUUUUGGAGGAUGAGAUUUUAGAUCAACAAGACAAAGAGAAGAUGAAGUCAGGUAUGAAGAAAGGUAGAGGAAGAGGUCAGAAGGCUAAGACUCAGGCUGUUAACACAGUUAAGAGUAUAAGGUCUUCUCGCCGAAUCAACUAA